AUGCUUACAGCGCCAACCUCCUUCUGCAAAUGCACCUGUUUCUCCAAUAGUACGAUCAUCCCCCUCAAUCCCUCCAAGUCCGAAACCUCCUCCGGCAUCGACCACGUCCGCUUUGACGCGCGCAGCUUUCUCAGCACCGAGCUUGAGCAUACGGAUGAAUACAGCAAACGAGCUGAGAAAUACCGAUCCCUGAAUUGCAAUGAUUGCAAUCGCAAGUUCUGUCUCGACUACGAGCUACCGACAUGCAAAGGCGCUAAGGAGGAAGAUGUGUACACGACUUGCUUCCAGCGAGAUUCACGGAAAGACGAGGCUGUGGUGUUUAUUUUUAUUUUUGCUACAGGUGGACUGCUGGCUUGGGCAGCCUGCAAGCCGUGGAUUGAGCGAUAUGUCGAGGUAGGCCAAUGCCAAUGGGUGUAUCUCCUUGGCAAGACUAACUGA